GAAAGACACUGCACACACUGUCCCCUGUGUAAUCGCCUGUGUAGGUUUGAAGAGUAUGACAUGCAGAUGAACGUGAAGAAGAAAUUAAAAUCCUGCCAUGAUGAGAGGCAUAAAACUGUUUCAGCUGUUAGUUAUUUGUAUUUUGAACUUCUGGGUCCCCACCACAGGCUCCCAUUCAUUGCUCUUCUUUGCCACAUACAUCGAAGGUGACACACCGUUCCACGAGUUUAGUGCCGUUCUUAUGCUGAAUGAUAUUCAAAUUGGAUAUUAUUCCUCGAAAGAACAAACGCUCUACCCAAGAACGCAGAUGAUGAACGAUGAGGAGUUUUCCAGGCCGGGCCGACAGAAGUAUGCCGUCUCGGUGUUAACUUCAGUGCAUGAGAAGAUCAGAGAGAACGCCAACCAAUUCAUUCAUCACUACAACGUAACGCAUGGACUUCCCACACUCCAGAGCAUAUUUGGCUGUCACAUACUGGAAAACAGAGUGUUCAGUGUAACAUUUAAAGAGGCUUUCGAUGGAGACAGUGGAAAUCGUGAUCAUACUCCUGAGAAAAAUGUUACAUUGGUUCCGAGGCUGGUUCAACAGCGUCAAUAUGGGAAAGGAGAGCGGCCAAAACUUUGGUCACAUUUUGUCAGAGAUGUCUUUGAGCCUUUCUGCUACAAUGCCUUGUAUGGAUUACUUGAGAUCAAUGAGAAAUACCUAAUGGCAAAAGUCAAACCCAAUGUCUGGUUCCUGCAAAAGACCGUCCUUCGGACUCAAAUGAUGAAGUUGACUUGCUUAGCUAAUGGUUUCUUCCCGCGCCACAUCAACCUGACUCUGCUGAGAGACGGCCAGCCUGUGGCUGAGCAGCAGAUCAGUGUGGGGGAGCUGCUACCUAACGGAGAUGGAAGCUACCAGAUGAGGAAGAGCCUGGAGGUCAGCACAGAGGAGCUGCAGCACCACCAGUACACCUGCACAGCUCAACACCUCAGCCUGGACAACAAGAUAGACAUACCACUAGGUGAGAUCAUCAGAGAAGACAUCAGAGAACACGUGUUUCUGUCCCUGCUGCGGAGAGAAACACACCAGACAGAAGACAAACACACCAGGAAACAAGUUGGAAUCAGUCUAUUGCACAAUUCCCAAGGAUGGGGUGUAUCGUAA